AUAUUCAUCUUAAUAUAAACCUCUUUCUCUUUCUCUUUCUCUCUCUUCUUCUUCUCCUCUGCUUCAUACAUAUUAAUUACACUAUACCUAUAACUGUUGUUGAUUUUUUUAUUCUCUCUGUAAAACCCCUUUUAGAAUGCCGGCGUGGUGGAGUAGAAGGUCAUCAAAGAACAAACAAGAGCGCGAUGGUAACGAUAAUGAUGAAGAAGAUGAAGAAGAACAAUCACGCGGCGGCGUUCUUCACUUUAAUUUCAUGAAAUCGCCUAUCAACGCGAUUAGGAACGGUAGCAACGGUGAUAGUAAGAAGAGUAAGAUGAAGAAACAGAAGCCCAAGAGUUUUGAUGAGGUUUUCAACCGGAAUUCACCGAGAACUAGCAGGGAAUUUGAUGGCGGCGCCGCCACUGAAAAGAAAGGACUUCCGUUGCCUCUUCCUGCUCACUGUGAUCAGGCUUUGGGAUCUCCUUCCGUUUCUGGCUCUAGUGUCAGUUCAUCUACCUCUUUUGAUGAUCAUCCAAUUUCUCCUCAGUUUGUUUCUAAUAACAGAGGACAAGAUGAGGUGAAGUUCAAUGUGAGGUCAAGAAGUCCAGGUCCUGCGUCAAGAGGACCUACUAGCCCUACAUCACCUCUUCAUCCAAGGUUGCAGGCUUUGAGUCUAGACUCACCUACUGGAAAACAAGACGAUGGAAGGAGUCAAUGUCAUCCAUUGCCUCUUCCGCCAGGUUCUCCCACUAGUCCUUCUUCUGCUCUUUGCAACACACGUUCAAGUGGACCGUUUGAAAACACUACCCCUAACCUGUCCAAGUGGAAGAAAGGAAAGCUUCUAGGCCGGGGAACAUUUGGGCAUGUUUAUCUUGGAUUCAAUAGUGAAAAUGGACAAAUGUGUGCAAUAAAAGAAGUUAGGGUUGGCUGUGAUGAUCAAAAUUCAAAAGAGUGCCUCAAACAACUUAACCAGGAGAUAAAUUUGCUCAAUAAGCUUUCACACCCAAACAUUGUUCAAUACCAUGGGAGUGAACCGGGAGAGGAAUCACUUUCAAUUUAUUUGGAAUAUGUCUCUGGUGGUUCUAUCCAUAAAUUACUUCAGGAAUAUGGACCGUUCAAGGAACCUGUUAUUCAAAAUUAUACCAGGCAGAUUGUCUCUGGGCUUGCCUAUCUACAUGGAAGAAAUACAGUACACAGGGAUAUCAAAGGGGCUAACAUACUAGUUGAUCCUAAUGGUGAAAUCAAACUAGCAGACUUUGGAAUGGCUAAACAUAUAACUUCUGCCGCUUCAAUGCUUUCAUUCAAAGGAAGUCCGUACUGGAUGGCACCUGAAGUUGUAAUGAACACAAAUGGCUAUAGCCUUCCAGUUGAUAUAUGGAGCUUGGGAUGCACACUUAUUGAAAUGGCAGCGUCGAAGCCUCCUUGGAGUCAGUAUGAAGGGGUAGCUGCCAUAUUUAAAAUUGGAAACAGCAAAGAUAUGCCUGAAAUUCCUGAGCAUCUGUCAAAUGAUGCGAAGAAUUUCAUUAUGUUAUGUUUACAGCGGGACCCAUUAGCUCGCCCAACAGCCCAGAAAUUACUAGAGCACCCCUUCAUUAGAGAUCAAUCAGCAACAAGAGCUGCAACCAGAGAUGUUUCCUCUUACAUGUUUGAUGGAAGCCGAACACCGCCUGUUUUAGAGCCUCAUUCCAAUAGAAGAAGUAUAACAUCACUUGAUGGAGACUAUGCAACGAAGUCAGCUAUUGCAGCUCCACGUGCAACAAGGAGUCCAAGAGAUCACACAAGAAUGAUCACAUCUUUACCAGUAUCUCCCUCUUCAAGUCCAUUGCGACAGUAUGGAGCAGAUCAUAGGAGCUGUUUCUAUUCUCCUCCUCAUCCAUCUUACACAACAAUGGGACAAAAUAGUUACACUCUGAAUGACACACCCUCUUAUCCAGUGAGAUCAAAUGCAACAUUUACUCUUGACCCUUGGCGGCAUGAAACAUCUACAUACAAAGCCCAUACACCACCUGGUGGAUCUCCAAGAAUGAGGUUCAUUUGAGUUGAUUGUAAAUACCAACAGGUUUUCCCAGCAUGCGAUGUUGUAUGUGGUUGCACUUCAAUCUGGGCUCUGAAGCACAAAACUAAAAGAUUCCGGUCUAUUCUUUAUACAUUAGAACCGAAUCACACAAGAAAUGAGGGGCCCUAAGCUCUGAGUGCAUUGGACUGGGGAGACCUUGUUACUUGUACCAAUUUCUUGAUUAUUGUAAAGAAAAUAUACUGUUUGUAGUAACGCUCAUGUUGUAUAUUGCUAGUUAAUAAUGACAGAAGAUAAAAAAAUCA